AUGGCAGAUUCACAACCAGCCUACUUGUCGCCCAGCGAACUAGGCACAAAAGACUACUGGGAAACAUACUACGCGCGCACCCUCGCACACAUCUCCCACGAUAAGCCGUCUGAGACCAAUGAGUCCGACUCAGACGUCAAUGACGAAGACGACCCUGGCACAUCAUGGUUCUCAGAGCAUAAUGCCCCGCAGAAAGUGCUGCGUUUCCUCACGCGCUCCUCGGCCCCGAUUCCUUCGCGACGGGCUAGGAACUCUGCUUCUGUGCUUGAUUUAGGGACUGGGAAUGGGAGUAUGCUUGCGCUAUUGAGGAAGAGGGGUGGUUUCAAUGGGCGGCUUGUUGGGGUUGACUAUUCCAGACAGAGCGUGGAGUUGGCGCGUGAGUUGCAGCGGAACAGAGGGCACUCAGCUUAUCAUAGUGAUUCCGAGAAUGAGGACGAAGAUGAGGAUGAGGAGGAAGAGCCUGAGGCCGAAGCUGAGAAUGAGAUUGAAACUGGCUCUAAAGCCGAAGCUCCUAUUCAGUUUGAGGAGUGGGACAUUCUCGGGUCUAAGGCUGGGCUAUCGGAGACAGGGCUUGGGGCCGCCUUGCCUGACGAGUCUCUUGCUUGGUUCCCUUAUCAGGAGGGUGGCUUUGAUAUCGUGCUUGAUAAGGGGACCUUCGAUGCUGUUUCUCUGGCGGAUGAUGCGAAGACGAGUCGUGUGUGUGAGCGGUACCCUGAUAUUGCGCGACGACUGGUCAAACGCGGUGGGUUCUUGAUUGUCACUACGUGCAAUUGGACGGAUGAGGAAUUGGUGCACUGGUUCACGGGGGGUCGGACCACUGGGGAUCGAUUGACCGUUUGGGGCCGGGUUGAGUACCCAGUGUUCCGCUUCGGGGGACAUGAAGGGCAAGGCGUCUGCACUGUGUGUUUCCAGCGGGUUGGGGAUGCAUGA